UGACAGCUGAUAUAGACCAGUGAACCAUUAAGGAACUGAUGCAUGGAGAAAAUUUUAAUGGCAGGGUGGAAAUAUGUUCGUUUUUCCACCGACUUUCUUCGACAUGGCGGCCGUGCAUAAUGCAGACCUCAGUCAAACGCGGCGGCCAUUGUUUUUCCAGUUUCCUACACUUCAUGUCUUACCCAUUUCCAUACAUGACAUCACAUUCCCAUGACUUUAAGCCUUAAGCUGAUAAUUAUAGUCUUUUGAUUCGCCAAUUAUAGCAACUGUAUUUGCUGACCCUUUUAAUCUUCUUUGACUGUAAAUACUGCAGACAAAAAAAUAUGAUGAUUUUUAUGAUAUUAUCUUUACUUCCUUAGAUUAAACCCAGUUUUCUCCACCUGCAGGCUCAAUUUAGCCUUCAUUUGCUACCAUGUCUAUCCAACAAUGGCUUCUUCCCAUGUUUCUUGUUUUUGUUUCAAUCAUCGAAAUGUCCUGUGCCGAGUCCGAUGAGUUGCAGAUAUUGUUAAAGUUGAAGUCUGCUCUACAAAAUUCAAAUACUGAUGUUUUCAGUUCAUGGAUACAAGGAAGAUCUGCAUGUAAUUUCAAUGGAGUUGUUUGUAAUUCGAAUGGAUUCGUAAAGGAAAUCAAUCUUCCCCAUCAACAAUUGAUUGGUUAUAUUCCAUUUGGGUCCAUUUGUGAGCUAAAAUCAUUGGUGAAGAUUGAUUUUGGGGACAAUUCAUUGUAUGGUAAGGUAACUGAUGAAGACAUGAAGAACUGUACAGGGUUGCAGUACCUGGAUUUGGGGUUGAAUUCAUUUUCUGGACAAGUCCCUGAUCUGUCUCCUUUAAAUGAAUUGAAGUUCUUGAGUUUGAACAGUAGUGGAUUUUCAGGUCAUUUUCCAUGGAAAUCACUGGAAAAUCUCAAGGAAUUGACUUUCUUAAGCCUUGGUGAUAACCCAUUUGCAUCAAGUCCAUUUCCACAGGUAGUCCUAUACCUUGAGAAAUUGUAUUGGUUGUAUCUCACUAAUUGUAGUAUCACUGGACAGAUUCCUGAGGGAAUUCACAACCUUACUCGGCUACGAAAUCUCGAACUCGCUGAUAAUACAUUGUCUGGUCCGAUCCCUGCAGGGAUUAUCCAACUUGACAAACUUUGGCAACUUCAGCUUUACAACAACUCAUUGUCAGGAAACUUGCCUGUUGGAUUCGGUAAUCUCACGAGUCUAGUGAACUUUGAUGCGUCAAUGAAUAUGCUUCGAGGCAAAUUAUCGGAGCUGCGGUCCUUGAACAACCUUGCUUCUUUGCAGCUCUUUGAAAAUCAUUUUUCAGGUAAGAUACCUGAGGAGUUUGGUGAGUUCAAGUACCUUGUAGGGUUAUCACUUUAUAGGAACAACCUUAGUGGUCGAAUUCCCCCCAAAAUCGGAUCGUGGUCGGAUUUCAUUUUCAUAGAUGUCUCGGAGAAUUUCUUGACGGGUCCUAUACCACCAGAUAUGUGCAAAAAUGGCAAAAUGGUUAAACUUCUUCUGCUGCAGAACAACUUAACUGGCACUAUCCCUAAAAGUUAUGCAAACUGUAAGUCCUUGGCUCGAUUUCGAGUAAAUAACAAUUUGUUAUCUGGUAUUGUCCCUGCUGGUAUUUGGAGCUUGCCAAAUCUUGCCUUAAUUGAUCUUACCAUGAAUCAAUUUGAAGGUCCUGUGACAGGGGAUAUUGGUAAUGCCAAGUCACUUGCACAACUAUUGCUGUCAAAUAAUCGAUUUUCAGGUGAAUUGCCUGCUUCAAUCUCUAAAGCUUCUUCAUUAGUCUCUAUUCAUGUUAGUUUGAAUCAAUUUUCUGGACAAAUUCCGGGAACCAUCGGAGAAUUGAAAAGCUUAGGCAGCCUUUAUUUGGAUGGUAACAUGUUUUCGGGUACGAUACCGGACUCAUUAGGCUCGUGUGUUUCUUUGCAUGAUGUAAACCUUGCUGGUAACUCACUCUAUGGGGAAAUCCCUGAUAGCGUUGGAUCUUUACAGAGCCUGAACUCAUUGAAUUUAUCCAAAAACACACUCUCUGGUGAAAUCCCGACUUCUUUGUCAUCUUUGAGAUUAAGUCUUUUAGACUUGUCCGAUAACCGGUUGGUCGGUCCAAUACCCAAAUCUUUAUCAGUUGAGGUUUUUAAAGAUGGCUUUGAGGGGAAUCUAGGCCUAUGCAGCUCAAAUCUCAAGGACUUUCAGCCAUGUUCAUCAGAUUCCGGUACAUUGAGUCAUCUUCGAACGUUUUUAUCAUGUUUCAUAGCCGGAAUACUAGUGCUGGUUUUAUCAAUAGGAUGUUACAUGUUUGUCAAGGUAAGGAAGACUAAUCUUAAUCAUCCAUUGAAGCAGGGUUCAUGGGAAAUGAAAUCAUUUCACAUGCUAAGUUUCACUGAAAAGGAUAUCACCAACGGCAUCAAAUCAGAGAAUUUGAUAGGUAAAGGUGGAUCUGGAAAUGUCUAUAAGGUCGAAUUGAAUGGCGGUAAAAAACUAGCUGUUAAGCACAUUUGGACCUCAGAUUCUAGCAACGGUAAAAGCUACCGGAGCAGUGCUACUAUGCUAACAAAAAGCAAAUUCCGGUCACAAGAAUAUGAUGCUGAGGUGACCGCGUUGAGUGCCAUCAGGCAUGUGAAUGUGGUGAAGCUUUUCUGUAGUAUCACAAGUGAGGAUUGCAGCCUACUGGUUUACGAGUACUUACCGAAUGGAAGCUUGUGGGACAAGCUACACUCAUGUCCAAAGAUCGAUAUGAGUUGGGAACUGAGAUAUGCCAUUGCAUUAGGGGCCGCUAGAGGGUUAAAGUAUUUGCACCAUGGAUAUGACAGACCCGUUAUACACCGUGACGUGAAAUCAAGCAAUAUUUUGUUAGAUGAAGAGUGGAAACCGAGGAUUGCCGAUUUCGGACUUGCAAAGAUUGUGCAGAAUGGUAGUGGAGGGGAUUGGACUCAUUUUAUAGCUGGAACUCAUGGAUACAUUGCUCCUGAGUAUGCAUACACGUGCAAUAUAAACGAGAAGUGCGAUGUUUACAGCUUUGGGGUUGUAUUGAUGGAAUUGGUCACCGGAAAAAGGCCAUUAGAGCCCGAAUUCGGAGAGAACAAGGACAUAGUACACUGGAUCUACACUAAACUUGAGAACAAUGAAAUUUUGGAUGAGGUGGUGGACAUGAACAUCGCCAAUGCAUUGAAGGAAGAUGUCAUCAAGGUGUUACGCAUUGCGGUCCAUUGCACGGCGAAGAUUCCGGUUCUCAGACCAAGCAUGAGAAUGGUAGUUCAAAUGCUUGAAGAGGCUGAUCCUAGUAAACUCACUGAUAUUAUUGUUCAUUGAAAAGGUUAUGUUAUGAUCCAAAAGUUUAUUGUAUCAAAAAGUCAGUUUUGUUGAAGGGUUUCUUUGUACAUGAGGAAUUCAAAACUCCCCAUAAAAGUUUGAAAAAGAGAUUUCAAAUGGUGUAAGUUGAAAUUGA